GAUUGGUGUUCCAGUUAGCUGGCGGCAACAUUACCCCCCCACGAGCUCUUCAUUGCCCAACAGACUCACACUCCUUCCUUCUCUCCAAAUCUGAGGGACUCAAUUGGUUACCAAAAACGAACGAAGCCCAUAACCGUAUAUCAAACUUCAAACUCCCCAAUUGCACCAAUCACAAACACACAUCAAAACGCAUCGAGCUCUCCAAUCAAACCCCAAUAUUUGCAAUUCCAGAGGUCCCAGCCUAGAAUCUCUCUCUCUCUCUCUCUCUCUCUCUCUCUCUCUCUCUCACUCUCUCUGUUCGUUUCUUCGGUACGUUUCUGUCUCAGAACCAUUGCUCACUUGCUUUUCGAUGUGUGAUUCUGGUUCAGUUGUCACUAUGAUCCGUAUAAGUGGAUGACUUUUGUAACCAGAUCUGCUUAAUUGGGCUCAUUUUGUUGGUGGGUUUUUGGGAUCUGAUUGUGGGUUAGAUCCGGCUUUGAAUUUGAUUGAUUUUUUUGUUUGUGGUUGAUCUGUAAUGCUAGCAGGUCUGUCUGUCAUUGAUUAACAGUUUCUUUUUCUGUAUUGAUCUUGGUGAAAAAAUAGAUUGCUCCUUUGAAAUGGGCAGCUGGGUUUUGGUAGUUCCAUAAUUCAGUGAAUUGUGGUUCAAAUCUGUUUAGAAUCUCUCUCUCUCUCUCUCUCUCUCUCUCUCUCUCUCUCUCUCGCUAGCAGUUUGCACAAAGUGAGAAGGAAAUGGCAAAAUGUUGAUGCACUAGAGAAUUUGCGUUCAUUAUAUAAUCCCCGCACCAAUGCAGGAAGACCCAUCUCUGUUUUUCAUUCAUUGGCUUAACUGCUCGGUAACGUUGAGCUCAAGGAGGGAGCAGUAUGUGAUUUGAAUUGCUGACUCCUAAUCUUUAUGUAGUAUUUUGUUCCUAAAGCGGAAACUUCCGGCUUCAUCUGAAUGUAAAUGGAUGCCUUUUUGGAGGCUGAGGGGUAAAGGCUCUCUACAGUGGCCAGUUGAAAGAAAUAUAUAACAAAUGGCUCCCACAAGCAAAGCUGAUAAGAAGGCGGUAGAUGCAGCCGCAUGGAUGUUCAAUGUUGUAACAUCUGUUGGGAUCAUAAUUGUCAAUAAAGCUCUAAUGGCAACGUAUGGCUUCAGUUUUGCUACAACAUUAACUGGUUUGCACUUUGCUACAACAACUUUGAUGACGGUUGUUCUAAGGUGGCUGGGAUACAUUCAACCUUCUCAUCUACCAGUCUCUGAGCUUCUGAAAUUUAUGAUCUUUGCUAACUUCUCUAUUGUUGGAAUGAACGUUAGUCUAAUGUGGAACUCAGUGGGAUUCUAUCAGAUCGCAAAGCUGAGUAUGAUCCCUGUAUCAUGUUUACUGGAAGUUGUUCUCGACAAGAUUCGUUACUCAAGAGACACAAAGUUGAGCAUAGGAGUUGUUCUCUUGGGAGUUGGUGUUUGCACUGUCACUGAUGUGAGUGUCAAUGCCAAAGGCUUCAUUGCUGCCUUUAUUGCUGUAUGGAGCACUUCGCUACAACAGUAUUAUGUGCACUUUCUUCAACGGAAAUAUUCACUUGGUUCUUUCAGUCUGUUGGGACAUACUGCUCCAGCCCAGGCUGGAUCUCUUCUGUUACUAGGCCCCUUCCUUGACUAUUGGUUGACAAGUAAGAGAGUUGAUGCCUAUGACUAUAACUUUACAUCUCUGAUGUUUAUAUUUCUUUCAUGCACAAUCGCAGUAGGCACCAAUCUCAGCCAGUUCAUCUGUAUUGGAAGAUUUACUGCUGUCUCCUUCCAAGUACUUGGACAUAUGAAGACAAUUCUUGUUUUGAUCAUGGGGUUCUUUUUCUUUGGAAAGGAGGGUCUGAAUCUGCAUGUUGUUUUGGGAAUGAUCAUAGCUGUUGUUGGGAUGAUAUGGUAUGGAAAUGCCUCAUCUAAGCCUGGUGGAAAGGAGCGCUGGAGCCACGCUCUCCCUACAAGCAGGCAGCAAAAACACAGUGGUUUUCCUGAAUCUACCGAACAUGAUGGAAAACUUUAAAUUCAUUCAGAUUAAGUAAAAAUGGCUGAUUUCAGGAAAUUCUUAAAUCAUUUGAGGCUAGAAAAACCGACAUUUCUUCUAAUUAUUUAUCCUUCUUGUAAUUUCUAUUUGUUGUCGGGUAUUCAGUCCCUUUGGGGGAUUGGAUGCAUCAAAGAUAGGGGAAAAUUCCGCAGAAGUUCCAUUUUUUGUUUACAUCAUCAUAAUAGUGAUUUUUUUUU